UUAAAAAUUGUAAAGGUGAUGGACAAGAGAGAGUUAGCAUCGUCUUCUAUUUUACGCAUGUUAGAAAUGAAUCACGAUAAUAUACGCUUUAAUGAAGAUAAAUACCAAGACAAAAGUCAUUCCGUAAUAACACUGAGCCGUGAGAAGAUAGCAGAGGUCGGAUCGAUGAGUGAACAAAAACAUGACUCGAUGGACAAUGAAACCGAUAAAGCGCAAGGAUUAAAUUAUCUUGAAAAAGAGAACUUUGAAAGUGAAAUUACAAUUAUGGAUGAUUCCGAAAGUUAUUCUGGAGACAACGGCAAUGUCGAUACUGAUGAUUACCUAAUCUAUCAAAAAUCUAACAUCGCUGAUUAUCUUGUCAAACAGAAUGAGUUUAUCAGCCUCUCUUAUUAUGUCGAGGAUUUUGAGUCGAUAAUUAAUGAAAAAAUCGGAGCUGAAGAGCUUAAUGCAGAAAAUUAUGACAGUAAUCAAAUGUUUGAAGAAAAUGGAUCAAAGUAUCACUGCAAAAAGUGUGACAGGACAUUUGAUGUCUUCAAAUUGUUUGAAAAGCAUAUACUUUACCGGCACACAGGAUUUAAGCGUCACCAGUGUAAAGAAUGUGACUACGCAACUAACAAUUUGUCACACCUGAAGCGACAUAUCAAGACACAUGCCGAACAGCAUAUCACUCACAAUUGCUCACAUUGCAAUUUUACUUGUGAAUCUUCGCGUAGUCUCAAGAAACACGUUUAUACUCACAACAAUCUUCGUCCUUAUAAGUGUCCUUCUUGUCCAUAUGCGAGCGCUACUCUCAAUCAUUUGACUCGACACAAGCUCAUUCAUUCCUGA